AUGGAGAGGGAAUUGAUCUGCGGAGACUGUAACAUGGUGUUUCGCUCCACUGGGCUGCUUGAAAAACACCAAGCACUCCUCUGCGUUGGGAGCGAGGUAGGACACCUUCAGGUGCAGAGACACAGCUUUGAACUUCUCACGAGAGACAAACCUGGAUAUGUGGAGCCUAAACAGACAAGAACCCCUGACGUUGUUCAGCUGAGAGGUCAACGAAGGAACACGACCAGGUGGAGGAGUGUUGACGCCAAACCUCAGCCAGCAAGAGCAGAGGACAAACCAGCAACCAGCCAGAUUGAGAGGGCAACUCUGCAAGACCUCACACAUGAGUUUCUCAAGUUAAGGAUGUCCAUUGAAGAAAAUCUGCCAAACUGGUCAAAAAGGUCCACAGAUACUGAGGCGAGUGGGCAUCAGCUGGGUCACAGUGAGAGACUUGAGGAGAUGAGGGAAAUGGCGACGCUCCACGAGCGCCAACUGGCCCUGAUACGUGCUCACAACCAGCAGCUGGAGCAGCAGAGAGAUGAGCUGGCCCAUCAGGUGAGUGUCCUGUCUGAGCAAAGCAGCACAACUCACCUGGAGAGUCUGCUGAUGGAGCUCAGAGAGCAGGAGGAGGGAAACGAGGAGACGCUGCAACAACUUGCUGAACAUCUGCAUGGAUUACGUGUGCAAGAGGUCUCUGUACCUGCUGAUCAGCCAGAUCCACGCAAGAAUAAAAAGAUGCAUCAUGACAGCUACAAGCUCAUUUUGUCUGCAGAUGGCCCUCUCUCUGCUCAGAUAAAAGCCCUGUGGCAGGCAUACAUGCAGUCAGGUGGGUCAGAUCCAGCCAUUGUGGCACAAAUGGUUGACCUGCAGGCAGAAGCCCAAAGUCUGGAGAAGAACCAACCAGCGACAGCCGGCGAGGCCAAAAUGAAGAAGAUGAAGCCUCCUCGGCGGGGUCCAGGCUGGGAGCUGCUGGCUGUAGAGCAGGAGAACCAGAGACUGGAAGAGGAGAUCCUCAGGAUCCAGCUGGCAAGGGAGCGACACCAUAACUAUGACGCAGUGAGGACUGAGCUUGAGCUGAUUCAGAGGGAGAACCUCCUGCAGAUUGCCAGUUUACAGGCAGAGAUGGAGAGAAGCAAAGCUCCCGGGCCCAGGAGACAGCCUCCUCCGCCUCCCCCACCUCCACCUCCACUCCCACUCCAGCCCAACACUCACAUUCAUGCACCUCUUUCACUGUUGCAGGCCAGACCCCUUUCCUCUCCACUGGGAAGAUGUGUUUUGGACUCCCUGGAUUCUCUGGGUCCGGCUCCCUACGACCCUGCAGCUGGUUUUGUGGUUUUCUACGACCUGGUGCUGGGAGUUGAUGUCUCUCAGAGGGCGCUGCGUUUGGUGGUAGCUCUCCUCGCAGAAGGUCAGGAGGUGGGAUCGCUGACUCCGCUGCCCCCUGUUCAGUGCCUGCCGGGACUGUCCCUUCCUUACACCCACAGCCUCACCCCUAGGAACUACGCUCUCCUGUCGGUCAAACAGCCUGUGCCCAGGAUCCAGCCAACACCAUCCCUUUGUCUAGUGGUGGAGGUGCAGGCAGCCAGAGAUCUAGACGUUCACAGCCAGGAGGUCUUAAAACUGACGUCCUGUGGCUGGACACGAGUGGACCUCUUUGACCAGUACAACCAGCUCCGUAGUGGCCACUGGAGGGUGCCAGUGCGCAGUCUGCCCAUUCAACCCUCCUUAAAUCUUGCCCAGCUCAACUCAGUACCACAGGUGGGCAACAUGGAGCUGUGUGUACGCUUGGUCAAUGGAAGAGAUGGAGAUGUUCAAACUCUGGCAAAACCUGACCCAGCCAGCACCAGUCACUACAAAUACCCAGCUGUGGUGUCCUCACAUCCUGCGACUGUCCAUGGAAACGCAGCUCUGCCAGUUUCAGCUCCACAGCCCACCAGAGUGGAUGAUGUCUCCUUUUUGUCUUUCACUAAUCACCAAGACCCUCCAUCCACAAAGGCCAGUCAGAGUUGAAAACAAAAUGCAGUGCAGAAAAUAUCUCUACAAUCAAGACAUGAACUGUUAUGGUGGCUUAAGUGAGGGCUCCUUUCUCCCCUCAUCUUCAA